UCAAAAUGCGUGCUGAACAGUGGACUCAGAGACCAAUAAAAAUAAACUCCUACUUGAACGUCGUUUGACUGGUUAGCCAGUUGCUGAUGUAUAUUCAAGAUGAGUGGAUUAGGAGAAAACUCCUUGGAUCCACUGGCCACUGAUUCACGAAAACGCAAGUUGCCAUGUGAUACUCCAGGACCAGGUCUUACCUGUAGUGGUGAAAAGUGGAGACGGGAACAGGAGAGUAAAUAUAUUGAAGAAUUGGCUGAACUGAUAUCUGCUAAUCUUAGUGAUAUUGACAACUUCAAUGUCAAACCAGAUAAGUGCGCAAUUUUAAAGGAAACAGUAAGACAGAUACGUCAAAUAAAAGAGCAAGGAAAAGCUAUUUCCAGUGAUGAUGAUGUUCAGAAAGCUGAUGUGUCUUCUACAGGGCAGGGGGUUAUUGAUAAAGAUUCCCUAGGACCACUUUUACUUCAGGCAUUGGAUGGUUUCCUGUUUGUGGUGAAUCGAGAUGGAAACAUUGUAUUUGUGUCAGAAAAUGUCACACAAUACUUGCAAUAUAAGCAGGAGGACCUGGUUAACACCAGUGUUUACAAUAUCUUGCAUGACGAAGACAGAAAGGAUUUUCUUAAAAACUUACCAAAAUCUACAGUUAAUGGAGUUUCCUGGACAAACGAAAACCAGAAACAAAAAAGCCAUACAUUUAAUUGCCGUAUGUUGAUGAAAACAUCACACGAUAUUCUGGAAGACAUAAACACCAGUCCUGAGAUACGCCAGAGAUAUGAAACAAUGCAGUGUUUUGCCCUGUCUCAGCCACGAGCUAUAAUGGAGGAAGGGGAAGAUUUGCAAUCCUGUAUGAUCUGUGUGGCACGCCGCAUUACUACAGGAGAAAGAGCUUUUCCAUCCAACCCUGAGAGCUUUAUUACUAGGCAUGAUCUUUCAGGAAAGGUUGUCAAUAUUGACACAAAUUCACUGAGAUCCUCCAUGAGGCCUGGCUUUGAAGAUAUAAUCCGAAGGUGUAUUCAGAGAUUUUUUAGUCUUAAUGAUGGGCAGUCAUGGUCGCAGAAACGUCACUAUCAAGAAGCUUAUAUCCAUGGUCAUGCAGAAACCCCAGUAUAUCGAUUUUCAUUGGCUGAUGGAACUAUAGUGACUGCACAAACAAAAAGCAAACUCUUCCGAAAUCCCGUAACAAAUGAUCGUCAUGGCUUUGUCUCAACCCACUUUCUUCAGAGAGAACAGAAUGGCUAUAGACCAAACCCAAAUCCUGUUGGACAAGGCAUUAGACCCCCUGCGGCUGGAUGCAACAGUUCUGUGGGCUGCAUGAGCAUGUCACAAAACCAGGGCUUACAGAUGCUGAACAGCAGAGCCUACAGCUUGGCAGACCCAGGCACUGCAGGGCAGAUGAGUGGAGCUAGGUAUGGGGGUUCCAGUAACAUGGCUUCUCUGACCUCUGGGCCAGGCAUGCAGUCGCCAUCUUCCUAUCAGAACAACAGCUAUGGGCUCAGUGUGAGUAGCCCCCCACAUGGCAGUCCUGGUCUUGGCUCCAGUCAGCAGAACAUCAUGAUUUCUCCUCGUAAUCGUGGGAGUCCAAAGAUGGCUACACAUCAGUUUUCUCCUGUUGCAGGUAUGCACUCUCCUAUGGGAUCUUCUGGCAAUACUGGAAGCCACAGUUUUUCCAGCAGUUCUCUCAGCGCCCUGCAAGCCAUCAGUGAGGGCGUGGGGACUUCCCUUUUGUCUACUCUGUCAUCGCCAGGUCCCAAAUUGGAUAACUCUCCCAAUAUGAAUAUAUCCCAACCAAGUAAAGUAAGCAGUCAGGAUUCCAAGAGUCCCUUAGGCUUGUAUUGUGACCAAAAUCCAGUAGAAAGCUCAAUCUGUCAGUCAAAUAGCAGAGACCAUCUCAGUGACAAAGAAAGUAAAGAGAGCAGUGUCGAGGGAUCAGAGAAUCAGAGGGGCUCUUUGGAAAGCAAAGGUCAUAAAAAAUUACUGCAGUUACUUACCUGUUCUUCUGAUGACCGGGGUCAUUCCUCCUUGACCAACUCCCCCCUGGAUUCCAGUUGUAAAGAGUCUUCAGUUAGUGUCACCAGCCCCUCUGGUGUCUCCUCCUCGACAUCUGGAGGCGUGUCCUCCACAUCCAAUAUGCAUGGGUCACUGCUGCAAGAGAAGCACCGGAUUUUGCACAAGUUGCUACAGAAUGGAAAUUCACCAGCAGAAGUAGCCAAGAUUACUGCUGAAGCCACUGGGAAAGACACCAGCAGCACGGCUUCUUGUGGGGAAGGAAAUGUCAAGCAGGAGCAGCUAAGUCCUAAGAAGAAGGAGAAUAAUGCGCUUCUCAGAUACCUGCUGGAUAGGGAUGAUCCUAGUGACGCGCUCUCCAAAGAACUCCAGCCCCAAGGAGAAGGCGGGGAUCAUAAAACAAGUCAGUGCAGCAGCUCCACAAUUGCUAGCUCAAGUCAAGAGAAAGACCCUAAAAUUAAGACAGAAACAAGUGAAGAGGGAGCUGGAGACUUGGAUAAUCUCGAUGCUAUUCUUGGUGAUUUGACUAGUUCUGACUUUUACAGUAAUUCCGUGUCCACAAAUGGUAGUCAUCUGGGGACCAAGCAACAGAUAUUUCAAGGAACUAAUUCUCUCGGUUUGAGAAGUCCACAGUCUGUGCAGUCUAUUCGUCCUCCAUAUAACCGGGCAGUGUCUCUGGAUAGUCCUGUUUCUGUUGGCUCAAGUCCUCCAGUAAAGAAUACUAAUGCUUUCCCCAUGUUACCAAAGCAACCCAUGUUGGGUGGGACUCCAAGAAUGAUGGAUAAUCAGGAAAAUUAUGGCUCAAAUAUGGGUGGACCAAACCGAAAUGUGACUGUGAGUCAGACUCCUUCCUCAGGAGACUGGGGUUUAUCAAACUCCAAGACCAGCAGAAUGGAACCUCCAAAUUCAGGCUCCAUGGGCAGACCAGGAGAUUAUAAUGUGUCUUUACCCAGAUCUGCGGUGGGUGGCGCCAUGCCCACCUUGCCUCUUCGGUCUAACAGCAUACCAGGUGCGAGACCAGUGUUGCCGCAGCCACAGCCGCAGAUGCUUCCAAUGAGGCCUGGUGAGAUCCCCAUGGGAAUGGGAAUCAAUCCCUAUGGCCAUGCAGCAGCAUCUAACCAACCAGGUUCCUGGCCAGAUGGCAUGCUGUCCAUGGAACAAGUUCCUCAUGGAACUCAAAACAGGCCUCUUCUUAGGAAUUCCCUGGAUGAUCUUGUUGGGCCACCUUCUAACCUGGAAGGCCAGAGUGAUGAGAGAGCUUUGCUGGACCAGCUGCACACUCUUCUGAGCAACACAGAUGCCACAGGCCUGGAAGAAAUUGACAGAGCUUUGGGCAUCCCUGAACUUGUCAAUCAGGGACAGGCUUUGGAGCCUAAACAGGAUGCUUUCCAAGGCCAAGAAGCAGCAGUACUUAUGGAUCAGAAGGCAGCACUGUAUGGACAGACAUACCCAGUACCAGGCCCUCCGAUGCAAGGAGGCUUUAAUCUUCAGGGACAAUCACCAUCUUUCAACUCUAUGAUGAAUCAGAUGAGCCAACAAGGCAGUUUUCCUCUCCAAGGAAUGCACCCAAGGGCCAACAUGAUGAGACCCCGGACAAACACCCCCAAGCAACUUAGAAUGCAGCUUCAGCAGAGGCUGCAGGGCCAGCAGUUUUUGAAUCAGAGCCGGCAGGCACUUGAAAUGAAAAUGGAGGGCUCCACUGCUGCCGGUGGUACUGCAGUGAUGAGGCCUGUGAUGCAGCCCCAGGUGAGCGCCCAGCAGGGUUUUCUUAAUGCCCAGAUGGUGGCCCAGCGCAGCAGAGAGCUGCUAAGUCAUCACUUCCGACAACAGAGGGUGGCAAUGAUGAUGCAGCAGCAGCAGCAGCAGCAGCAGCAGCAGCCGCCGCCGCCGCCGCCACCACCACCACAAACCCAGGCCUUCAGCCCGCCCCCCAACGUGACAGCAUCCCCCAGCAUGGAUGGAGUUUUGGCUGGAUCUGCAAUGCCACAAGCUCCACCACAGCAGUUUCCAUACCCUCCAAAUUACGGAAUGGGACAACAACCAGAUCCAGCCUUUGGUCGAGUGUCUAGUCCUCCUAAUGCAAUGAUGUCAUCAAGAAUGGGUCCUUCUCAGAAUCCCAUGAUGCAACACCCUCAAACUGCACCCAUGUAUCAGUCCUCAGAAAUGAAGGGCUGGCCAUCAGGAAACUUGACCAGGAAUAGCUCCUUCUCACAGCAGCAGUUUGCCCACCAGGGGAACCCUGCAGUGUACAGUAUGGUGCACCUGAAUGGCAGCAGCAGUCACAUGGGACAGAUGAACAUGAACUCCAUGCCCAUGUCUGGCAUGCCCAUGGGUCCUGAUCAGAAAUACUGCUGACAUCUUUGCACCAGGACCUCUAAGGACAUCAGUGUACAAAUGACACUGCACUAGGAUUAUUGGGAAGGAAGGAAUCGUUCCAGGCAUCCAGUCUUGAAGAAAGGACCAGCUUCAAUCUCCAUCAAGGGUAUUCUAAGUGAUGUCAUUUGAGCAGGACUGGAUUUUAAGCUGAAGCGCAAUUUCUACCUGUUUUACCCCCUCCUUCAGUAUAUCAUGGUGUUCAAAACACAUGCUUUUGGCAUUCCGCCUACUAGGGAUGGGAUUCUGGAGAUAUGGGGUGUUACUGAUCACAAAACUUUUCUGUCACUUUUUUCUGCCUCGCUAGCCAAAGUCUUUUAAAUAACUAUAGGUGGGCCAGAGAACAUUGGAGAAAUCAAGAGAUUAGAAUGUCUGGUUUCUCUGGUUGCAAUAUUGGACAGAGAGAAUAGUCCCCACUUUUAAGUGUUUUAUCACCACAGUAGUUCUGUGUUGACCCUUUGCCCAGUGGAAGUGAUAUUUGAGUUGUUGUCCUUUACUGACGGUAUUGAGUUGCUCUGUCCUUACUAUUUGUUGUCCUAGGCUUGCUUCCGAUGAAGAUUUUUAUUUGCCCCUAUGUCCUGUAAUACUUCACUGCCAGGAAUUGCCACAGAUGUCCACAUAGCUUUGCAGAAGGGAAAAUGAGAUGACAGUAUUUAAUUGCAGCAGUAGCAAAAUUUUCACCUGCUAAUGUGCAGCUGAGUGCACUUUAUUUAAAACGUAAUGGAUAAAUGCAAUAUUCUUGAGGUCUUGAGGAAUGGUGGAGACACAUUCCUGAGGUUUUGUCUACAUUAAUCUGUUAGACAAGAACUAUGAUUUUUUUUUCUUAAGUGCUGGUGUCACCCUUUGCCUAUAUGGUAGAGCAAUAAUGCUUUUUGAAAAUAAACUUCUGAAAACCCAA